CCCUACUGUAUUGAUGGUUUCAAUAAUAUCUCGAUGAUUAAAUAACUAAUAAUUAAUGUCGUUUAUUCAUUAUUAGAGCACAGCAGAAUCUCCCUUGUUAGCUACUGCCUUUACGUUAUACGCUGAAAUGUCUUGCCGCUGUAGCUAGCUAGUCAGCACACUCAUAAUGUGUAACGUAAGAUACUGCUACCUAGCUUGCUAACUAACGUCACCUUGCUAACAAAACAAGAAAUGAGUACUAACUUAUUUUUUUUUAUAUAUAGACACGUAACUAGCUAAUUGGCUAUCAAGAAAGCUAUUAUUACAGUAUUACUCCAUUACUCAUUGAUCGGUCAGCCAAUUGUAGUCAAGUUACGUAGUAACACAGUCAAUGUGUCGCGUUUUAAUGCAAGCUGGCUAGCUAAAAACCUUUGGGCAGCUAAUGCUACAUAAACAAUGACGGUGCACUUGUUGGGAAGCUUGAAAGCUCGAAGAGACGACAACAGUGUGUUUUGAGCCAGGGCUCUACUUUCUUGUUAUAUAGCUGGAUAAUGGAUAUUAGCCUGUUAAUGAAAAAGCUACCAGUGAGAUGAACACAGCUGAGGACUGGGGCCUGAUCCUGGAUAUUUGUGAUAAAGUAGGACAGUCACGCACAGGGCCCAAAGAAUGCCUUCGGUCAGUGAUGAGGAGAGUGAACCAUAAGGACCCACAUGUUGCUAUGCAGGCGCUGACACUUCUUGGGGCAUGUGUAUCAAACUGUGGUAAAAUUUUUCAUCUAGAAGUUUGCUCCAGAGAUUUUGCAAGUGAAGUCAGCAAUGUCUUGAAUAAGGGUCACCCGAAAGUGUGUGAGAAGUUGAAAGCACUAAUGGUGGAAUGGGCAGAGGAGUUCCGGAAUGAUCCCCAGCUCAGCCUGAUCUCAGCCAUGAUUAAGAACCUGAAAGAGCAGGGCGUGGCCUUCCCCACGGCGGGAUCCCAGGCAGCAGAACAGGCUAAGGCAAGCCCUGCUUUAGUAGCUAAAGACCCCUCUAUCACAGUAAACAAAAAGGAAGAGGAGGACUUGGCUAAAGCCAUUGAGCUGUCCCUGAAGGAGCAGAGGACCCCCCAGGCCCCCCUCUCCUCCCUCUACCCCAGCACCUCAGGCCUGGUCUCCAACCACAAGCCCGAGGGCAGGAAGGUGCGGGCCAUCUACGACUUUGAAGCUGCUGAAGACAACGAGCUGACGUUCAAAUCGGGAGAGAUCAUCACCAUCCUGGAUGACAGUGACCCCAACUGGUGGAAGGGGGAAACGUAUCAAGGAGUGGGCCUGUUCCCCUCUAACUUUGUGACCGCAGACCUCACGGCGGAGCCUGAGAUGAUGAAAACGGAGAAGAAAACGGUGCAGUUCAGCGACGAGGUGCAGGUGGAGACCAUCGAACCCGAACCAGAACCCGUGUACAUCGAUGAGGAAAAAAUGGACCAGUUGUUGCAGAUGAUCCAAAGUGCCGACCCCACAGACAAUCAGCCAGACGCCACCGAACUCCUUCAGCUGGAGGGUGCCUGCAAUCAGAUGGGUCCCCUUAUCGACCAGAAACUAGAAGAUAUUGACAGGAAACACUCGGAGCUGUCGGAUCUGAACGUGAAGGUGAUGGAGGCGCUCUCCCUGUACGCCAAGCUGAUGAACGAGGACCCCGUGUACGCCAUGUACACCAAGCUGCAGAGCCAGCAGUACUACGUGCAGCAGCCUCCCUCCGGCUCCCAGCAGGUUUACCCAGGCCAGGCCCCUGUGAUGGGGUCCCUACCACAGGGUUACAGCAUGCCUCCUGAGCAGCUGCCCUCACUCAACCAGACGGGACUGCCCCCAAGUCCUGGCCCCGCCCCCACAAUGGCUGGCCAGCCUGCACCCAGCAUGAUGGUGAAUUCGGCCCCAGGUGGCGCGUACCCCACCCAGCCCGCCAUGUACAGCCCCCCGCCGGGCACCACGGACCCCGCAUACCUGGGGUCCAUGAACGGAGCGGGCGGGACGGGCCAGAUGCCCAACUACACGGCAGCCUCUCAGAACAUGGCGCCCGCUGCUGAGGGCCAGCAGCCCCUGUACUCCCAGAAGGCUCUGCUGUAGGACUUCCCCAGGGACUCUCAAUCCAGGAAACCCUCCCUCACCAGAAACCUGCACUGGAUUGUCAGCGCCCUCCUUCUCCAGCAGGGGGCAGUGAAGUGAAGCACGGGAUGGGAUGCACACCGGUGUACAGCACACGGCUGGUCUCUAAUGGAAAGGGGUGACGUUAGCAGUUUUGUUUUUUGUUUUUUGUUAAGGAACACUAUUUAGUGGAAGGAUGCUGACUACACUAGGCUAUGUCAUUGUGUAACCGUUGCAAGAUUUUAAGAUUACUAAAGACUCGUUGCCAGUUGCGGUAUGGCUGAAUAAAAAAAUCCAUGCAUAUAUUGUAUAUAUAACAGAAUUUUUUUUUUGUUUUGUCUAUGGCAGGCUCAUCUUGUUGGCCUUCCUGUUCUCAUUAGCAUCUCUUUACUCAGUGUUAAUUUGAUUUACAUUUCAGUAUAUUUGAAUGAGAUAUAGAUAUGUUUUUUGUAGUGUAUUUUAAUUUAUAUUUGAUUUUUAUUAUCAUUAUUAUGAAAUAUUCAUUUUAAUGCACAACACAGUCAGGAAUUUUCUGAGGAUUGAAAAAUAAAUCAUGUCUACAUAAUAUUCUGCCUAAUCCAGUUAUAGAAUACUUUUCAUACAAAAAAAAAAACCUCAUUUUCAAAAUCUGUGUUGCCACCAGAAAUUGUACGUUGGAUAGACUUGACUAAUAAGUUUUUUAUGGGCCAUUAACAAAGACUGUUGAUAUGAGUUUUUCUCCGUAGUUCUUUUUUUUUUCUAUUUUUCUUUUAAACAAAUCGUGGGACCAGGGAUUCACAGUUUUGCACUUUUGUUGAACUUCCAGGCUGCGGCACAUUAGUCACUCGGAAUGAUUCAGGAAAACACUUAUGAAUUAAGGGUUCCCCUCCCUUAUCGUGGAGCUGCACGGAUGUUCUCCUCGACUGAACAGUGUUAAAGACUUCCCCCUGAGGCCUGCGCUUACCGUGUGUGACAGUCUGCGGGUCAUCCCUUCAGCUGCAGGGUCCACAUUACUGUACAUUGGCAUUGUGCAGAGCUCUCUCGCCUGGCCGUUCACCUCUUUACCUCUCCAGCACGCUGACUCAGCGAGGCCGUGCUGCCGAUGAGAAGGAGUAAGGCCAGUCUGUGAGCUCCACAUUACACUGCCCUCGGCUGGGAGUCCAGCCCAGGGCCUGCAAACGAGGCGUGGAGCCAGUUUUCUCCGGUUACCACCCUUCCCACCUUUGACCUGGGAGCUGUAAACAGGGCCUCUGAUACAGUCCUCAUGGUUUAAGUAUUAAACGUUAAUGGCCCUUAAGCAUAGUGAAGCUGUUGGAACCGUGCCCAACUGUUAUCAUGUGUGCAUUUAUGGCAAAUGCAUCAUUAGUGUGCAUUUACUGUGCGGUAAGACCACAUCCGAUGCGAGUUACGGCUGUGUUUGAGUUGAAGAAAAUCUGAACUUGUGGCUCAAGCUAAAAUGUUGAAUUUUUGCAUCAAAAUUGCGGUUUCUGGUGCCGCGUUCCUUGCUAACAGCCUAUAAUGACUUGAGACUGACUUUUUAAAAACUUGAUUUAGAAAUGGCAGGAUACAUUUGAAUAUUACACUACGAAAACCAUCCUGAGAUGUCAUGGGAAGAGAUGGAGAUAUUGUUGUACACGGUGACUACAUACUAUGGAGUGAGUACUCUUGAUACAAGAAGCAUAUUACACAGUGAUCGCAUAAUGUGGAAACGGUGUCCAUGAUAGUUUUCAGAAGCUAGUUCUACUCAAGCUUAGAGUGAUUCUUCCGGUUCGGUCUGUGCGCCCUGUGUACGGCCGGGCAAUGCUGAACACUUUCAACUUUUUUGUUUCACCGGUGCUCCUUGUGAUCGAACACUUUAGGAUAUACAAUAUAUAAAUAUGUAUGUAUACAGUACACUUUUAUUAUCUAUUUAAAAUUCUUGUUCAUGUGACAAAGGGAAUCCUUUAUUGUAGCUGGUUCUCGAUUAGGCUUCUGUUUCAGCCUUGUCUGUUUAGGUACUGAGGCCUGGUGGGGUUAAUGUGAUGAUCGUUUUUUCUUGCGACCAAGCAAUAGUACAUGUAUGUAAAAAAAAAUAAAAAAAAAAGAAUAAAAAAAACCCACUGAAUCUCCAAUCCGAGUUCUUUCUGCAUGUAUGUACUUUGUAGCAGAGUGUCUCGCUGGACACUACCGUAUACAAAUAAAAAAGAAUAUUUAAACAAAAAAAGAAAAGUCAAAAGCAACAGUUGGAUGUUGCGUGCUUUCUUUUUGUACAAGUGAUAUUUAUACAGUAUGUAUGUGUAUGUCUCAUUCAGAAAUUCCCCUGCGUACACGAUUCAUCUCUUUAUUUUUCUCUGACUAUGGAAGGUUAAUUAUCUUGCACUAUGUCUCUCUUUAAAAAAAAAACCCAAACUGAAAGCAUUGAUUGAUAGAUCUUAUGUUAAGAGUUGAAUUUGGAACAUGGUCAUUUGCCUGAAUCAUGUAUUGGGCUUCAAUAAAAUAAAUAGAUAUGCACAUUGAAUUGUAUGUAUGUUUCUUCAUAGUUUACGUGUGAGCAAAAUUAUGGAGUGACUUUUUUGUAAUAUUAGCUUCAAUUGGUUCAAUUGUUUUGUUUGUUGUCGUUUCUUUUUUUUAACUACAAUGAGCUAAUCUACAAUGUGUGAUUAGUUUAGGGAACAAAUAUUGAAACCGCCAUCAUCACAAGCAUCAGUUGGAUUUUGAUCUGAUUAUAUUUUACUAAGAAUAUUUGAUUAGUUGUAGUUCAGGACACAGCAAACCAAUGUGGGGUUACAUUUCAGUUUAUUUGGGCUCAUGAAAUAGCCCCCACAGUACAUGUGUUCAAGAAUUAGAUGCUGGUGAUGAGAAAUCAAAAUGUCACUUGAUACUUUUUAACUGUAUAUCUUGCAAUUACAAAAAUAUCCUGGUGUUUCUCACAACAGGGCCAAGGGUCUAACACCAGUCCUUAUGCAAAAUCCUAAACAAAACUGUUGGGGCCUGGGAAUGGCUCCAUUCACCUAUGAAAUAAAGCUACACAAUCUCCAAGCUUA